AAGGCGGGGCUUGGCUGCGCCGGGGUGCGCAGGCGCAGUCGUCGGUGGGUCGGGGCUUCGGUCGGCCGAGAGAUCCUGAGCAGUGGCACCUCAGCAGCCUCAAGAUGGACAACAGGAAGCGCUUGGCCUAUGCCAUCAUCCAGUUCCUGCACGGCCAGCUGCAGCACGGCGGGCUCUCGCCCGAUGCCCAGGAGAGCCUAGAGGUUGCCAUCCAGUGUCUGGAGACAGCCUUCGGGGUGACGCUGGAGGACAGUGACCUCGCCCUCCCCCAGACUCUGCCAGAGAUCAUUGAAGCAGCCGCUGCCAGCAAGCAGGAGACGCCACAGGACUCGAGGAACCCUGACAGGACGCCGCCCUCUGAAGAGGACUCGGCCGAGGCAGAGCGACUCAAAACUGAAGGUAACGAACAGAUGAAGCUGGAAAACUUUGAGGCAGCCGUACACCUCUAUGGCAAGGCCAUUGAGCUCAACCCCGCCAACGCCGUCUACUUCUGUAACAGAGCUGCGGCCUACAGCAAGCUGGGGAACUACGUGGGGGCUGUGCAGGACUGCGAACGCGCCAUCGGCAUCGACCCAGGCUACAGCAAGGCCUAUGGCCGCAUGGGCCUUGCGCUCUCCAGCCUGAAUAAACACUCGGAGGCCGUGGCUUACUACAAGAAGGCCCUGGAGCUGGACCCUGACAACGACACAUACAAGUCCAACCUCAAGAUUGCAGAGCUGAAGCUACGGGAGGCACCGAGCCCCACGGGAGGCGUGGGCAGCUUGGAUAUCGCCGGCCUGCUGAACAACCCCCACUUCAUCACCAUGGCUUCGAGCUUGAUGAACAGUCCCCAGCUGCAGCAGCUGAUGUCGGGCAUGAUCUCGGGGGGCCACAACCCUCUGGGCACCCCGGGGAGCAGUCCGCCCCAGAGCGACCUGGCCAGCCUCAUCCAGGCGGGCCAGCAGUUUGCACAGCAGAUGCAGCAGCAGAACCCAGAGUUCGUGGAGCAGAUCCGGAGCCAGGUGGUGCGCAGCCGGACGCCCAGUGCCAGCCACGAGGAGCAGCAGGAGUGACGGCUGGCUGUCUCGCUGCCUCAUCUGUCUGCAGCUGACCCUCGUGGUCCCCUUGCUCGCCGCCUCCUGGUGUUUUAGCGUUUUCUCAGUCGGGCUGCCCAAGAGAGAAAAACUGGACCUGCAUGUUAAGACGGACUCGAGCUCCCCGUGUUCCCUCCUCCACCCUCUUGUCUGUGUACUGUCCCCGGCCCAUGCCUUCCUGGAAGAGAGUCACGUCAGCAAGCUGACUACACACCAGCACCCGUUCCUCCAGCUGCCUAGGCGAGCUGCGGAGAGGGCUGGGGUGUGGGAGCCAUGGGGGUGGGUAGCCUGGGCCUGGGGUCUCGGGCCCCACCCUGCCUGCUUCCUCCUAAGGGACUUGAGUAGCUGACUCUCAGCCCCUGGGAAGCAUCCACUGCCAGCCCCAGCUGGGCGCCAGCACCCCAUGCCCACACCUGGGUUGCAGGUCCCAGCGGGUCCCCCUGCCUGCCUUAUCCCAGUGGCCUGUGCCACAUAGGACCGAGGCCUGUGACUUCUGCCCAGGGUGUGGACCAUCCGGGUCUCUUCUUCCCAGCUUCUCCUCCCGUCUUCACAGUCAUCAGCCAGUCCAGCUCCAUCCUCAGCCUGGGCAGAAGAUACGGACAUCCCUACCCGUCCGAGCCCCUUCUGUCCUCGAGCUCAUGGGAAUUCAGUGUCUUUGGGGUUGUCAAGCAGUCAUGAGGUGUGGGCCCUUGGCCCAUGCUGUCAGCCUGAAACAGCCACCGGAACCAUUUUUAUUGAGGGCCAGUCUGUUCAGUGAGGGAGAGCCUCACACCCACCUAGGAGCAAGGAUCCAGGACAGCGGAACCCGGGGGUCGUGAUGGCAGCAGGCUGGCGGCAGGUAGUGUCAGGGCUGUGUGUGUCGUAGUAGCCAGUAGGAAGAUGGGCCCCGUGGGCAGUGCCGUCCACCCGCAGGUGACAGUGGUGUCCACGUGGGCACAGGCCGCAUGGGGAAUAAAGACGACAUGCUCGGC